AUAACAAGUCUUCUUUAUAAACCUGGGUGAGGAGCACAUUUCUCUGCGGAUUGUUUGACACCCGUUGGUACAAUGGUGAAUUGUUCGACUACGAGGAGGGUUUCGUUGGCAACAAAGAAAAUUUUCUGGUCGGAAUGCCGAGACUGAGACAAGUGCGUAUACUCCCAGAAGUGGACUGUGACCUAAACAGCCGAGUGAAAGGACUUGUUUUUCCACGAUGUUUGCCCUUGUAUAACAGUCAUAAAGAAGAUACCACACCUUAUUAUAAACCUGAGUGGAUACCAGCUAGCAACAUAUCUGGGUUUGCAAGCAGCACCGAUGAAAUAGAGCUCUUGUGUUCAAAGCCGUGGCAAUAUAGAACUGCGGAUUUACUAGGUAAUGCACCAUUCCAAGGUAAAAUGGCUAUGUACGGAGGUGGAGGGUAUGUAGCUAAUCUAGGUUACAACUCUGAAUCGGCUCUUGCUACGAUUAAUAGCCUGGAAGAGAACAGGGGGAUCGACGACAAGACAGCAACUGUUGUAAUUGAAUUCACGUUGUUUGAUCCUUCAACGUCCUUAUUUGGGGUUGCGAAAUACGUGUACGAAAGAUUACUGACAGGAGGUGUCAUUACAAGCAGCAAAGUGAAAGCGAUGACUGUAUAUCUACCUCAUGGCUCCAACAGUUUCAGGUUGUUUUAUCUUCUCUCUCAAGCACUCCUUAUACUGAUCAUCCUCGGUUUCACAAUUAUGGAAAUGGUAAAAGCAUUUCGCGGGGGUCAAUCGUAUUUCAAGCAAUUUUGGAGCUGGGCUGAUAUGUUACUAUUAUUUGUCUCAGCCUCUGGAAUAGGAAUAAUGUUUUAUAAAGAGAAGUUUAUGCGGGAUUACGUGAAUAACGUUCGCGCAAAUCCGUUUGACAACUGGAGCACAGAUCACAUUGUGCUAUGGUCGGAAAUGGAAGACUAUCUUCUUGCCAUAAUUAUGUUUUUAGCUACAAUUAAAUCUCUGCGACUUAUUCGUUUUAAUCGUCACAUUUAUCAAAUGAGAUUGACUCUUAGAAGUUCAUUGACACCACUUUGGUCUUUCAUGGCAAUAUUUCUUGUCGUUGUUGUAUCAUUUGCCUCAUUUGGUUUGCUGUCUUUCGGAUCUUCGAUGGAUAGCUACUCUUCCCUACCCUUAGCAGUUGGAUCAUUGCUUCAGAUGCAUCGAAAUAGACUCGUCGAGGAUCUCGCUUGUGGAUGACUUGUUAUCCAUAGUACAAAAACGUUUGAAACGAUUAUCUGAACAAACGCUCCUCGAAGAAAGUCUCAAUGCAUUCCGAACGACCAAUGUAGGCAGAAACUCUUUUGAGGAUAAACUUGACUUUGAAAGCGAUUCCGACAGUUUUCUUGAGGAAAUUCGAUAUCCGUCAUCUGCUUCUUCGACAUUCAAUUUUCAAGAUAUUUUUUCAUUCCAUGGUUUGUCGGAAAGUGAUAUAUCAGAAACUCGUUUAUAACUUGAAGAAAAGGAUUAUAUAUUUUCUGGGGAUUCAGUUGCUGGCCUUUGAA